CCGGUAUCCGCCCAUAUUCGCGUUAAGGCCAAGCUCAGCUGAAUUGAGAGUAGCAGGCCAAACGCUGGAUCAAAUGUAAAGUUAAAUCGAUUAAUUUCCUUACUUUCGUCUGCUUUUUCAAAGAAGUUAAAUCUACACAAAUGGGACCGUUUCAUUGUGAAGUAGGAAAUGUAGAGAUCGUGUGAAAAGCGAGGAUUAUCUGCUUGACUUGUUAUUUGGUCUCUACUUCGGACGCGGAACUCCAUACGCUAAAGGUAAAACAAUUGGACAAGAUCGCUACAUUUGUAUCAAUUUACACAAUGGAUACAGGGGUGACAUUGUAUCCCCUCGACAUUGUAUCCCCUCGCCGGUAACUUAAUUUUAGGUUGGGCCUGUAUUGAUGACGUAAUUUUCUGAACAUUUGCAGCUAAAGUAUAGUUGUUUAUGCAAACUACGCCCAAUUGUUAACCUAAUGUCUGCAAUGCAGACCUAUGCGGUAUUUAUGGCGACUUCAAACUCAUCAACUCGCCCAUGAACGCUGCAGCUUCUACCGGGUUUACACAUAGCAUUCAAUCCAUUGUGCCUCCAGAUAGUGUUAAACAAAUUCGUACACUGCUAUUCUAGUUAACUAACGCUUGUGGGGAUCUGCAUAAUCUAGGCUACUCUAUCCAUGUGGAACUACUCCAGUCAACCUGAGUGUGUAUCUAUAAGGGUGUUUUGUUCUCUCAUCAUUUAUAAUAAUAUGCCAUUUAGCAGACGCUAUCCAAAGCGACUUACAGUCAUGUGUGCAUACACUUUUACGUAUGGGUGGCCCCGGGGAUCGAACCCACUACCCUGUCGUUACAAGCGCCAUGCUCUACCAAUUGAGCUACAGAGGACCACAUUUCACGUGUAGAGUAUUUUACAAAUGACUAGUAGUAGGCCUACACUUUACAAUGGAAGCUACUGCUAUCAUUAGGCCUUGGUUGACUGCCAAUGAAAAUGGGUGAAAAGCUCACUUUGUCUACCAUCAGAGUUUGUGAAUAAGUAAGCUGCAUAAAAUGGACACUGUUGGGUUUUUUAUAGGCUACUAUUUGUCUACUCUUUCACAAUACUUUCCCACAAUAUUGGCAUGUAUUUUACUGUAACUUGUUAGUGAUGUGCAACCAGAACUUGGGGAGAGUGCUUGAUUGGACAUUACAACCUUGUUGAUGACUGGUAUUGACAGCUGACUGUACAGGUGUCAGGACUCGCCAAUCAUGAACAAGCUUUUGAUUUCCUGCAGAAUGUCAGGAUAUGAAAGGGGUGUCAAUAUUGUAUUAACAUGGCAAGCAUUGUUGUGGUAGAAUCUGAAAGUCAUGAUUCAUCUAUUCACCUUAUCCGCACUGUAGGCAAUAGUUUCUGAUGAUGAUGGUGAUCAUUAGGCCUAUAAUGUCAUAUUCAAUAUAAAUAGUAGGCCUAAGUGCUAUACUGCUCCUUUUGUUUCAUAUAUUUUCAGAGGGAGUACAUAAAUAGGUGUAGAACACCAGGCUGAUCAUUUCAAGGGGAGUUUGAAAAGUGUGAUGAAACACUAACUUUGUUAGUAAAUAUAUACCUCAGUUGGGUGGAGGCAUAGGUAAGGUGUUAUUUUUGUUUGUAUAGACAAGACAAGAUUCUCUGAAAACCACUUUGACCUCAGUAUUAUACCUAGCAGGGUAUGUUUUUGUUUUUGUUUUUGAAAAGGGAAACUGUAGGAACAGUUGUUGUUCACAUACCGUCUGCAUAGCAGUGUGUGCUUCCUAGAUGUUUGUCAAUUUUGGGACCAUAAUGUAACACCAUAGAUCUGUGUCUACUGCCUGAGGCCAGAUCCCAUUGUGUAGCUGUUACUCACAACUAACUAUUGAACUUGUGUUGUUACAGUUAGAGAUACAUUUCAGUUGGAAGAUGAUUUAGUAGCAACAUUUGUGGGGAUGAUAUUUGGGGGAAUUGUGAAGUGCAAUCUUCAGUUCAAACAAUGUUAAAUAAUGAUUACAAGUCAUUAUUUAAUGAGAAAGAACAUUGAUUGUGCCAAUUGAUAACAGUAUACUAGUCAACAGACCUGAUAUACAUAAGCUACUCUAUCUUUCCAAAAUUCCACAAUCUCUUUCAUAGUUUUCCAUAUCUUCUCCUUGUUGAUAAUCCCAUUUAAGAAUUUUAUCAUAAGAUAAUAGAGCAUAUUAUAUCCUCUCGUCCCGUUUCUGUAAAAUCAAAGGAUGAAAUUAGAUAGAAUGUAAACAUACUUGUAUCCACAGAGAUCUGUUACUGUAUACAUUCCCUCCAGCUCUGGAGAACAUGGGAUGGCCAUUGUGCAAAUGAAAGGCAAUGUGGAGACGAUCGGGACAAAAUCCAAUUUUGCAUUUGCACUUCAGUGUAGUUUAACUGAUAGGGAAUUAACACAACUUCACCAGAGGGCUAUGGAGAAGGGGGGAGAAAUCCUUCAUAUCCUCAGCUUCAUUCUCACUAUGUGUUUUUGUAGGGUUGCAACAUUUCAGAAACGUUCCAGAAAUUUGGAGGAUUUUUGUGUCGAUAGUUAGUCUGUAGCGUAAAAUAUAUUUUUUAUAUUCACUGACCUUAUUUCUGUGUGCUUUCUCUCCCACAGGUGAACGAUGACAGAAUACAAGCUGGUGGUGGUGGGGGCUGGAGGCGUGGGCAAGAGCGCACUCACCAUCCAGCUCAUCCAGAACCACUUUGUGGAUGAAUAUGACCCCACCAUCGAGGUAAUAAGUAGUUUCAGUACACCCUUGUGUGUCUUUUACUUCAGCAAGGCAUGCCUGGGAAUCGGGAGACAGAAAUCUUUUCGGAAAAAAGUUGGUUAGAAAUUGAGUUCUAGCAGGUUUUUCUGGUUGAAGAUGAGACGCCGAACAGGUUUGGAUCAUUUUCUGUUAUUUGAAUGUAUGAAUAUUAUAAUAUCAGAAACAUGGUGUCUUUCAGUCAGUUUAAUUUUGUAGGUUCAGUCAAAUUGAUGAUAGAUUGCUAUGUGAUUAAAUGCUUUAGUAGUUUCACAUGUUGGAUAUUAUUACUCAAUUAUACUUUCUGAAAGCUUUCAAUUUCAUGACUGCUUGAAGAUUGACUGCAUUUCUCCCCUGGUGCACAUAUCGUCUCUCUUAGAUAGUCAUCCCAUCCUUUCUCUCAGAUUCUAAUAUAAUUGAAUUUCCUCUGGCACUUUAUUAUAUGAGCAUGCUAUGACCAGAUAGUUAGGUCUAGGAGUUCUGAUUCCUAGUCAGGUAGACUGGACACCUAUGAAUAUGUGAUCAUUCAUAAGUGUCCAGUCUACUUGAUUACCGGUAAGGUGCCCCUCCUGACCCAAUCCAUCUCUCUUUUUCUCUCUCCCUCCUUCAGGACUCAUACAGGAAGCAGGUGGUGAUUGACGGGGAGACAUGUCUGCUGGACAUCCUGGACACUGCAGGUCAGGAGGAGUACAGCGCCAUGAGGGACCAGUACAUGAGGACAGGGGAGGGCUUCCUCUGUGUCUUCGCCAUCAACAACACCAAGUCCUUCGAGGACAUCCACCACUAUAGGUGAGCUAGGCUCUUCCCUUGUAGAGGACGUCCUCCUAUAGGUGAGCUAACUUCUGCUGCUAUACAGGACAUCUGAAGUACUGCUGCCAAGUGCACUGAUGGCGGAAAGCCAGACUAUAGUUGUAACAUCUGUGAAGCAGUUUCCAAGCAGACACGGUUCUGCCAACUAUAUCCCCUUAACUAUGUGUCAAUGUCAACAUCACUCUCUACCUGUAAAUACAACGCACUCUUUAACUAACCCUUUACCCAGAUUGCGUGUGAAAUCAAUAACCCCAAAAAACGACGACCGAAGCGUUGCACUGUUAUUUAACCCUUGCCUUCCCUGUCGUCUUUGUUCUCCAGAGAGCAGAUCAAGCGGGUGAAAGACUCAGAAGACGUGCCCAUGGUGCUGGUGGGGAACAAGUGUGACCUGCCGUCCCGGACAGUGGACACCAAACAGGCUCAGGACUUAGCGCGCAGCUACGGCAUCCCGUUCAUUGAGACCUCGGCCAAAACCAGACAGGUGAGAGACAGAGACAACAGGUCGUAGUGGGCUGGGUGGUCACAGCCAUGGCACAAACAGCAACCAUCGCCUUGGUUUUUAACAUGACGGCCAUUGGCUAGCCUGGAAGUCCAGACUGAAUUCAGUGAAGUGAAAUGUAGCGUUAUUAAGUCUGGAUUCCAAGGCUACGUUAGCUCUGCUACAUAUCCAGUUGAAGACCGAUUUGGGACAGAUUACUAAGCGUCACCUGGUAUAACAUUGCACCUUAAUAAAUCAAGCCCUUGUAAUAGUGAAGGGUUGCUUGUAGCUUUGAGGGUAUUUCCUGGUGUGAAAACAGAAACCAUUUAACAAUGUUCUCCACAGAUCAAUUUUCAUUAUUGUAGCAAGAUUACUUCUUACCAGCUAUGUCAGGUGUCCUUGCAAUGGCUUUUUACAAUCAUGGCCACUUCAAUCUCACAAAAUGCUGUGGUUCUCUUAUGACUCCCGAGGUGCUUUUUGAUUUCUGUUGGUAUCAGUGUCUAUGUGCUUGGUUUCUAAAUGGUGCUUGGAAAUGUAUCAGGUAAUGUAAUGCAAAGUCCCUUUGCUUAAUUUAAUUAUUGAUAUAUGAGUAAUUGUUGUAUCUGUGCAUGCCCCUCUGUCAUGGUAAUGUGGGAAGGCUUCAUAACGGAUCUGGCAUUGUUUUUAAUCAACAAAUCAGUAAAUUUCUCACUGAAUCGUCACCAAAGAGGGGAAUUUAUCAGUAAUUGUUUUGUGGUGGGGUAAUAAUCAUGCUUGAUGGAUAGUGGGAUGGGAGUGAUCUUGAGCUGCAUCGUGUGCUAUUCUGUCUGUUUUGUGGUUGGUGGCGUCUGGUGUGUGUCGUGAUGCUUUGCGUGACUGGCUGUGACACACUGUGAUAUAUUUGGCAGUCAGUGAGGUGAACCUUCUCCUGCUCUCUUUGCAUCAGUCCAAUCACAACUCUUUCUGUGGACAUGGGGGACACUGAUUGGUCUCUUCCAGCUCUCUUCUCCAUUUUCAUUGGUCGUUUUGACCGGCUACCUGGUGUUGCCCUUGUACUGAAUAAAACACACACCAUUUUCACACCUUUACAAUGACACUGAGUAUAAUGUUUGUACCUGUCAUUCCCCUGUGAAGUUAAAUUACUAUAAUGUUUUGAACUGUAAAACAAUUACCUCAGAUUUAUACAUUAACUCCAUACACAGCUAUAUGUAGACUUGUCUUAGUCUUGCAUCCCAAAUGUUUAAAAGAAAUAGAAGCUCCGUGCACAGUGGUGCGACUUCUUCAAGGUGCUGGUUAUGGCAAGGACAACCGAAUAUCCAAUAAAAACUGCACAAUGUGGGUCCACAUAGUUAUCCCUAUAUUCCCUAACACUGACGGAGUCCACAUAGUGUCCCUAUAUUCCCUAACACUGAGGGAGUCCACAUAGUGUCCCUAUAUUCCCUAACACUGAGGGAGUCCGCAUAGUGUCCCUAUAUUCCCUAACACUGAGGGAGUCCACAUAGUGUCCCUGUAUUCCCUAACACUGAGGGAGUCCACAUAGUGUCCCUGUAUUCCCUAACACUGAGGGAGUCCACAUAGUGUCCCUGUAUUCCCUAACACUGAGGGAGUCCACAUAGUGUCCAUGUAUUCCCUAACACUGAGGGAGUCCACAUAGUGUCCCUGUAUUCCCUAACACUGAGGGAGUCCACAUAGUGUCCCUGUAUUCCCUAACACUGAGGGAGUCCACAUAGUGUCUCUGUAUUCCCUAACACUGAUGGAGCCCACAUAGUGUCCCUGUAUUCCCUAACACUGAGGGAGUCCACAUAGUGUCCCUGUAUUCCCUAACACUGAGGGAAUCCACAGUGUCGCUUUAUUCUUUAACUGAGGAGAGCUGUGUUUCGCACUGCAGAGAGUGGAGGAUGCCUUUUACACUCUGGUACGGGAGAUCAGGCUGUACCGGUUGAAAAAGCUCAGCAAGGAAGAAAAGACCCCGCGCUGCGUCAAGCUUAAAAAGUGUGUUGUGAUGUGAAAGG